AUGCAGAACCAAUGGGAUUCUUCCCACAACAAAAUCGGGGAGGAACAGGAGAGAGAACAGCAGGAAAAUAAAGAGGAAUCAAACUAUUUGGCUGACGAAGCCAAGCAGUCGAUCGCCAAUCCAGCACCAAUGACAGCUCACCAACAGGAUCAUCAGCAGCAAGAGCACCACCAGGAACAAGGAAUUGUCAGCAGUAUGUCGGGCAGUGGCAAGGCCAACGGACUCGUUGACACUGAUGUACUAGUAGCUCAAGGCGAGAUUUUACAAAAUGAUGGCAAUUUUGGAAUGAUUCCUUUGCCUCAAUUGGAACGGACUACUGCCAACAAUAGUGACACCCAAACGCAACCAGGAGCCUUCCCAAGUGGAGAUUUUCCAGCAAUCCACGAAAGUUCAGAAACAACGACAGAGAUAACACACAUUGAACCCGGGACAGAGGCACUCGACUGGUUAGGGUUUCGACCACCUACAAUCCAACCUACAAUCCAACCAGAAAAUGACAAUGGAGAUUUGGCUGUGGCAAACUUGGUUCAAGAUGAAACAAUCCCCCAGGAUCUGCCAGAGGCUCAAGAUUACAAUCCAGACAACAUCAACAACAGCAGAGAAACAAGGAUGAAGGAAUUCAAAACCAAAGUCCUCUUGGGAGUCAUUGCAUUGUUGGCCAUCAUUCUCAUUUUUGUAGCCAUCCUGACUCCUCAAAGUCAAGAGGAUAAUGCAGAUAUUGUCCCAACAACCUCACCUAUCUCUACAAUUCUGGAGGACCAGGAAUCACCACAGUCGAGGGCAUUCGAAUGGCUUAUGGAAGAGGUUGACAUCCUACACAACCUUACAGAGCAGAGAGUCGUACAGCGUUUUGUACUUGCAACUUUCUAUUUUGCCAACAGCGACGGACGAUGGUUCUUGAGUGAUAAUUGGUUGAAUCACAGUGUUCAUGAGUGCCUUUGGCAUUCAAGUUUGGAACAAUGGUAUUUCACUUUUGAUGCCAGAAUAAAUUUCCCACUUGAUCACAUCAGUCCAUGUGAGCAGGAACCAGCUGGAUAUCUAAACGAUGGUGUACUCUACCAGGGCGAUGGAAUCCUGAAGAACUUUUGGCUCCAAUAUAAUGGCCUGUCUGGAUCAGGUAUUCCACCGGAGCUCUACUUGCUAACAGACCUCAAGAGCGUGGCAUUGGAUAAUUUCAAACUUACCACCACCAUCCCAGAAGAGCUCUUUAACCUUCCCAGUUUGGAGGUUAUUUCAAUGAUCAGUUGUGACCUUUAUGGCUCCAUUCCUGAGGCAAUCGGACGUUUGUCAAAACUUAGAAUUAUCUACUUUGCCUUGAACUCUUUGACGGGAACUAUUCCAUCAUCCCUAUAUUCCCUUACAAACUCUAUGAGAAGCAUGUAUCUUUUAGAUAACCAGUUGACCGGACCAUUACCAACAACAGAACUUGGGCUGCUGCCUGAUUUGCAGUUUAUAUGGUUUGCUGAAAAUUUAUUCACUGGGACCAUUCCCACAGAGCUUGGAGAAUUGAAUCUAUUGUAUUGGCUAGAUCUUGGCGGGCUGGUGUUGAGUGGCACUAUCCCAGCCGAGCUUGAAGUUCAGACAGACAUGAUAUUUCUGCAACUGUAUGACUCAGGUCUUACGGGGACAAUCCCCGGAUGGCUUGGCAACAUGACAAACAUGAAAGUGUUUACACUGAGAAGAAACUCCUUUACUGGGACUAUCCCAACAGAACUUGGCCUUCUGACAGAGUUGUCUUCCUUAUGGCUUGGUGGGAAUGCAUUGUCGGGCACAAUCCCAACUGAAAUCGGAAUGUACGAGCAAGUGUUAGCAUUGAGCUUUGAAAACACUGACCUAAUAGGAACCAUUCCUACAGAGCUUGGACAGCUUACCCAUGGUUUGUGGCAGUUGUUGCUACAUGACAAUGAUUUGACUGGAACAGUGCCCUUGGAGCUUGGCAAUGUUUCUUUCCUUGCCACGAGGGGCAAAGUCUUGUUGCAUGGAAAUGAUCUUUCAGGUAUUAUCCCGGAGAGCCUUUGUUCUGUCAACAACCUUACUUUUGACUGCAGCAGCCAGCUCUGUGGUUGUGACUGGUGUAACUGUUCUAAUGCUGGUAUGAGUAUGGUCCUGUUAGAAGUCGAGAAUCAAACCAAUGGCGAUGGUCAGUUUGUGGGUGAGGAGAACCAGACUUCCACCUGA